AUGUCACCAGAGACACUUCUAAAUUUCGAGUCAUGGGGAAACAUAAUACUCAAUUCCAGUUUGUAUCGUGACAGAGUUGCACUGAUUGCCAUAGAUGAGGCACACAUUUUGGAGUCCUGGGGUGAUACUUUUCGUUCAACCUUUGCAAGACUCGGAGAACUUCGCUCCCAUUUUCCAAGAACUCCAUUCCUUAUGCUUACUCACACCUGCACACAGCAGAUUCUGAAGCACACCACGAGCGGAAUUCACUUACCUGGUCUAAAAAUGUUCACUGCAUCUCCUGACAGACCUAACAUUUACCUGGAAUACAAGAGGUCAAAAGAUAUUUUUGAAGAACUUGAGUGGCUGUUUAAUGAUAUUAAAGAAAAUGGUAUCAAAACCAGGAAGACUUUAGUACAUGUUAGGAGCUUGAGUCAAGGUGGCCGCCUUUACCGGGAUAUAUUGGGCCAUUUAAAAGAAGGUGCCUAUUUUGAACAAAAAAAGGUUCAGCGCAACAGCCACAUUGCUUUGUAUCAUGCUGGAAUGGCUACCAAAGAUCCUGAGUACAUACUGCAUGAGAUUUCAAAGUCAGACAGUGUGAUACGACUUGCAGUCUGCACUAUCGCAUUUGGUAUGGGGAUCAACAUCCCAGACAUUGACCUUGUCAUUCACUGGGGUGCAUGUAGCUCUGUAAUGGACUAUUGGCAGGAGGUUGGUAGGGCAGGGCGAGAUGGACGCAAGGACAGAGUGUUUUAG